CAUUCAACCGUCGUCUCGUCGUGUGUACGUCAAAACAGUUAGUCUCUCUCUUCGUCAGUCUGUCUGUGUGUGUUUGUUGUGUUUUGUUGUAUGUUUGUUGUAUUGUGCUGCGGAUAAGGCCAAGCCGUUGUUACCCACAGCGCGCAAUACAAAGCAAGCAAGCCCCCCAAGAAGAAGUGUUGUGUGGCAAACAAAAGUAACGCGCGACUCGAGUGCAGUGCAAGUGCAGUUAUUAUUUAUUAUUGCAAAUAAAUUAUUUAAAUAUCAGCAAAAAAAAUACAACAAACAUACAUACCUACCAACCUAUAUAAACUAUAAUUAAAUACAAUUUAACUGAAAAAUCAAACUGAAAUAUUGUGAAAUAAAAACAAAAAAAAAAUUGUGUUUAAAAAAACAACUUUCAAACAUUUGUGCAGUUCUAAUAAAAUUGGGCUACGAGUCUUGUGGGUCUUGAAGUAAAACUCAAACCAAAACCACAAAUUUUCAAUAAAUAAAACUUUUGAAAAUUUUUAAACAUAAAUCAAUAAGAUAUAGCCUAAUAACCGGUAUAUAACCAUACACCCCAUCACCAUCGAACGUCCCAAAUCAAUUUGGAGCUACUUUUGUCCAAUAGCUUCGCCGCUUUAAAAUGCCCCUUGGUGAAUAGACCAGCAUUGCACAAAACUCAAGACAUGGAUUUGACAAAAGAUAUGCUUGACUUUACACGAAAGCUGGAAGGUGGUGAAGGGGAAAUGGAGGUGCCACCUGAAGAGAAACUGAUGGCAACAUCCAGCAAUGAGUUCAGCAUGUUUGCCGAACAAGGCAACGCAGAGGAAGAGUCCCUGCUAAUGUCAAUGCAACAGGAGAAGAACUCCAAUGAAACAGAACCGCUUAUCAAAAUGCCGUUGGAGGUGGUCCAAAAACCCACCACACCCCAAUUGAUAGAAAAUUUGGGAGCCCCCAGCAGCUCAUCGGCAGCUAAGGCAUUACAAAGUGGAGGAGAUAUAUCUCCGCCGCCCAGACCCUUGACUUCCAGCGAAGUGGUGGGAUUCUCAACUGCCUUGGAUGAUCCUGAAAUGCAGUUGGAUGCCACAGUGGCACUUAAUAAGUCACGCUCGCUGCCAGCCUCUCCAAAUCAUUUGAAUGCCACUCACAUAACCGACCUAUUUGGCUUUGCUGCCAUGAAGUCCAGCAAAAUAACUACGGCAGCUCCAGCCACCCACAGUAAUUCCUUGGAGACUACUACAAGCAUGACCAUACCCCGCAUUAUACCAAAUAUGACCCCCAAGAGUCUGGCCGCCAAGGGCCUGCCCAAAUUUCCCGCCUCCGAUGCACGCAACAGCCAACAAUUUUGUUUGCGCUGGAACAACUAUCAAAGCAAUCUGACCAAUGUCUUUGAUGAACUGCUGCAAAACGAAUCCUUUGUCGAUGUCACUUUGGCCUGUGAAGGCCACUCCAUAAAGGCCCACAAAAUGAUUUUAUCCGCCUGCUCGCCAUACUUCCAAGCCCUGUUCUAUGACAAUCCUUGCCAGCAUCCCAUAGUGAUAAUGCGGGAUGUUAGAUGGCAGGAAUUAAAGGCUCUGAUGGAGUUCAUGUACAAGGGUGAGAUCAAUGUGAGCCAGGAUCAGAUAAAUCCUUUGCUAAAGGUGGCGGAAAUGUUAAAAAUUCGAGGCCUGGCUGAGGUUAGUAGUUCGGGAGGAGCUAGAGCGGGUGGUGUAGGUGCUUCAUUGCUGGGAAGUCAUGAACGUUCCAUGGGCUUUGAGGAUGAUCCAGAGGAUAUGGAGGAUGAGGAGGAGGCUCUGGUCAAUGACUUGGAAGAGGAUGCUGAAGAUUCGCCCACAAAUGCGGCCAAGCGACCCAGGAUACAGGUAUCGCAAAAAUUGGUGUCUCCUUUGAAUAUGAAUUUGGGUGAACAGAGAAUGCGCAAGCGUUCCCGCGACGGUAUGUUCAUAGAGGAUGAACGCAUUUUGGAGACUUCAUUAAAUGCCCGCAAUCGUAGCCGCAGCCGAUCUCGCUCUCCCCAGGCUAGGGAUAAAGAAGCCGCCGCAUCGAUUAAUCCAGUGGCCAUGACCACCUCCACCAUUGUGCGUAACCCAUUUGCUUCCCCAAAUCCUACGCAGGGCUCCACUCAAAAUAGCAGUGGCUCUACAGCAAAUGCCCCCACACAAGCAUCAUCAUCAGUUAAUUCCACAUCCGCCACAUCGAUAUCCUCAGCCGCCGUCGCUGCUGCUGCUGCUGCUUCCCCAAAUGUCGUCGCCUUACCCUAUCGCUCACUAGAGCGUAGCUGUUCCCCGCCUAUGAUGACCCCACCGCAAGCAAGAGCUCAGUCGAGUGUAUCCAAUACGACUCCAUCAGCAUUGCCUUCACCCUCUAGCAAUUCUUCGGCGGGUCCCAGUGGCACUGUGCCUCCAUCAAUUUCAUUGCAUUCUCAUCCUGCAGCCGCCGCUGUGGCGGCCGCCGCCUUGGCCAAUCCCCAUCAUCCGCAUCAUCAUGCAGCCGCAGCAGCUCAACAAUUGGCUGCCCAACAUCAACAGUUGCAGGCGGCAGCCCAUUCGCAUGCCAUGGCUAGUGCAUUGGGUGCUUCAUUGGCAGCAGCAGCUGCUGGAGCCACUCCAGCCACCAAUCCGGCAGGAUCAACAUCAGCCCAUCACGACGAUAUGGAAAUUAAACCAGAAAUUGCAGAGAUGAUAAGAGAAGAGGAAAGGGCAAAAAUGAUUGAAAGCGGACAUCCUUGGAUGGCUGGGGCCACAACGUCUUCAGUAACAGCAGACAGUUAUCAGUAUCAAUUGCAGUCCAUGUGGCAAAAAUGUUGGAAUACUAAUCAGCAAAACCUUGUGCAACAAUUGAGAUUUCGUGAGCGCGGCCCAUUAAAAUCCUGGCGUCCGGAGGCCAUGGCCGAGGCCAUAUUCAGUGUCCUCAAAGAGGGACUGUCAUUGUCACAGGCCGCCCGCAAAUAUGACAUACCCUAUCCCACAUUUGUCCUGUAUGCCAAUCGGGUGCACAACAUGUUGGGACCCUCUUUGGAUGGUGGCACAGAUCCCAGACCCAAGGCUCGCGGUCGACCGCAGCGUAUUUUGUUGGGCAUGUGGCCCGAGGAUUUGAUACGUUCCGUCAUCAAGGCUGUGGUGUUUAGGGAUUAUCGUGAGAUCAAGGAUGAGAUGGGUGGUCUGCCGUUUGCCAAUGGACAAGCUCAUGCGGCUGCCAUGUUUGGUGCUUCCUCGGCUUCGAGUGCUACUUCAGCCGCCAAUGGCUAUCAUAGUGCCGCCAAAUUGGCAGCACAAUCGGCAGCCAUUGGCCAUCAGGAAUCAGCCAGUCCCCUCUCAUCGAUGACGGAAAAUUUACGCCGACAAAUUAUGUCGCAACAACAACAAUCGCCCCUUAAUCAAUCCAUGAAUAUCUACAAAGCGCCAGCCUAUGUUCAACGUUCCGAAAUUGAGGAUCCCCUGACAGCGGUGGCCAAUAAACAGCACACUGCGGCCACAACCUCAGCGGCAAGUGGAGAUCGUCGCAGCGCUGAGAAUUUACCCGAUUUAAGUGCUUUAGGUCUAAUGGGUUUGCCCGGUCUCAAUGUUAUACCCACUGGGGGAGGGGCCGGGUCAGCAGGGGCCGGCGUCAGCUCCAGAAGUAAUAAUCACCUGCAUUCGAAUGCGGCGGCCGCCUUCAGUCGUGAUCUCGAGCGUGAAAGAGAGCGGGAACGUAAUCGUGAACGUGAUCGUGAGCACAGAGAGCGUGAGAGGGAGAGAGAUAGGGAGCGUGAAAGAGCGGAAAGAGAAAGAGAGCGUGAACUGAAGGAUGCCAUGCAAGCCAGACAAUAUGGCAAUCAGUCACGUGGCUCGGCGGGCGUUUCUUCGGACUUGCAAAAGCCCAGCGGCACCUCUUCCCCCUAUGCCCAUGCGCACAUGAAGAACAAGGACCACCUAACCAAUUACGCUUACAACAAACGCUUCCUGGACAAUUUGCCGCCGGGCAUAGAUUUCGAGGCCAUUGCCAAUGGUCUGCUGCAGAAGACGGCGGCCAACAAAAGUCCCCGCUUUGAGGAUUUCUUUCCGGGACCCGACAUGAGUGAGCUAAUAGCCAAUGCUGAGGCCGCCGCUGCCAGUGCCCCAUUUCCUGCCCAACGUGAGUACAAUUUAAUGAAAAUCAAGCUGGAACAUCAGGCCACCGAGGUGCAGCAUGAAGAUUGAGGUGUGGCCAACGAAGGCCAAUAUUAAAGGGAUUUUUGGGCACAAAAAUCUCGGGCUCAUUGAAUCCGCACGAGUGUUAUUUUGUGUAAUUUUUUUUUAGAAAACCUUAUUUUUUUUUUUUUGGAAAUGAUCACAAUGACUGCUAUUUAUAAAGAGAUACAUACCUAUAUACAAAAAAAAAAAUAUACAUACACACAUACAUACAACAUGCUUACCAGGAGGGCAUAAACAUAUACCCAACGUUAUUAGUUUAAGCUCAGCUAAUUAUAUAUUUUAAAUAAAUAUACUAUAACACAUAUAUUUAGAGAGAGAGAGAGAGAGAGAGAGAGAGAGGAAGAGAUGUAGUUUCCAAAGUCCCAUCACAAUCCUAGACCCCAAGUCUUGCCCUCACCACCUAUUAUGACCCUACUGCAUUGUGUAAAUACCGAUUUAUUAGACACUGUCUGUCCGUCUGUCUGUCCGUCUGUCUUACAUCCAAACAAGUAUCUCGAUUUUUUUUUUUUAAUUUUUUCCCAUUAAUUUCAACACCUGAUUUGUUUUACACUCAUUGGCCUGACUUUUAUGCAUUAUAAUUAUUUUUCUUUAAUUAAAUUCGGUUUGUAUAUCAUUAAGGCUUUGAUUUCCAUUUCGAUUUAAUUCCAUAUGAACUAUGAGUUGGUAUUGAAGCUGCUAAAGUCUGAAAAGGCAAGGUAAUUGAAAUUGAUUUGUUUUUUAUUUAAAAAAAAAAAAUUUCAAAUAAAAUUAUUGGCAUGAAAAUAUUAAUCUUUGCA